GGGCGCCCAUGGCCAGUGUGUUCUUUGGCUGGUUGGGGGGAAGCCCUUUGCGAGCGAAAGGAAACGAAACGAAUGAGCCGGGGGGCUGAGGUACAGAACAGAACUUCGAGAAACGCAAUGCCUCUCCACUCUCCUUCUUGCACCUCUCCCACUGACUGUCGCUGCUGUGAUUGGAUUUCUUGCUUUGCUUUGCAUUGCAUUGUGUUCUUUGGUUUCUUUCAGAUGAGGUCAGGGACUUAACUCACUCAUUGUGGCCGCAUGCUGCACCUCAAUUCCUCGCCCUUGAAACGAAACGGACUACGUAGACGCCUUCGUAACCACCACCUUUCACCCAUGAGAGUCUGAUCAUCUUCCUCGACCUGCGAUUCCUUCGCGCAUGCUUCUUUCGACUGCGACUCCCUAGCCUCGAAGCACCCAUUCGAAUCUCCUGCUCGUCGUUAUGGCCCGCGACUCCAUGGAGGCGAUGCCCAUGUCGCCGCGGCAGUCGCCGGCCGAGUUGGGCAAUGCUGUGAUAGCUUGGGCGAGAGGGCGGAGAGGAAGGACCCUGAUUAUCAGUGCUGUGUUUGUGAUGGUUUUGCUGGGGCUCAUGGGCGCGAGACAUUCUGAGACAAUAACCUCAAGCUACCAAUCCAUAUCGAACUACCACCUCCCGUCAUGGCGGCCGCACCUGCCUAACCUCCCUUCGAUUAUAUCCUCCCCUCUCAAGCCGUCAAACACGACUCUCGAGCUUGAGAACGGCGAGAUCGAAACCGUGCCUUCGCAUCUGAACAAAGCCACGCCGAACUUCCACCUCCUCAUGCCCGCGCUCUCCGAUGACGCGGAUUUCUGCAAAACGACCUUAUCGGCUAUGCUGCUGAACUACCCGCCUCCUACAAUCAUCAACAUUUUUGAGAGCUUUGCGGAUCUGGCAGAGAGGGAAAUGGCGAGGUUGACGAGUAUACUAGAUUACCUGAAGGAUACGAAACUGGUCAAUGAUGAGGAUCUGGUGCUGAUUGUGGACGGCCAUGAUACUUGGUUCCAGCUUCCGAGCGAGGUCAUGAUCCGCCAGUACCAGAACGUGCUAAGCGACGGGAACAAGCGGCUACUGGAGAAAUAUGGCAUGUUGAAGGGUACGAAAGUUCAAAGAUUCAAUCAAACCAUCGUGUUUGGCGCAGAGAAGAUCUGUGAGGGAGAGGACUUGGCCUGCAGAUAUGCGCCGGAAUCGAUGCUGCCGCACAAUAUCUACGGCAGAGGUACUGGGAAAGAGGCGGUACUUACUCCGGCAAGGUAUCUGAACUCUGGGACGGUGAUGGGACCUGCCAAGGAUCUGAGGACGCUAUAUGCGGCUGCGGUUGCCAAGUUCAAAGACAGGAAUAGCCAGUCUGGGACUGCCCAAUCCGUCAUUGCCACCAUCUUUGGAGAGCAGCAGCUCGCACGGGAAAACGAGCGCAAGUCCAGCAAGACAACCAGCUUCAAAUUCCUGGACUGGUUCAGCGGCGCCGAGGGCGAAUCCACACCCGAAGUUCCAGAGAAUGCGACUACCAUCCUUCAAGAUGGCCAGCGAUACGAGUUCUCUAUCGGCCUCGACUACACGCAUUCCCUCUUCCAGCCACUCAUAUAUACCGCCGAAGACGAGCUCCUUGCUCUCCCUCACGAUAACUCAACCGACCUUUCAGCCUACCACCACACCUAUACACCCACACCUCCCCUCUCCAUUCCUUCCGCCCUCCAGCAAUCUGUUCCUCCAUUCUACACCCCCGAUCUCUCCACCCACAAUCCCAGCCCGAACGAAAAACCCGCUUUCAUCGAACCGCUCCAAUACCAAAAAGACAUAGACCAACUUAAACCCCCAAACACACCCUGGGCCUCCCUCCCACUGAUCCAAAACACCUACACAGGCGCCAUAUCGCCCAUCCUCCAUCUCAACCUCCCGGCACCAUCCUCAACCCUCCGUCUCAAGAAACACCGCCGCAACGCCCUCCCCGCCCUCACGAAAAAAUCUGCCUCACCUCGCAUCCCUGACCCCCGCGCCCACCAGAUCCCCCGCGCAAACAUCACCUGGACCCACCUCUGGUACUCCGGCUACGAGCGCGCACUCCUCCGAAAAUACUUCCGUACCCCGCAAUCUCCCAUAGGCUUCCACAACGCGCUCGUAGGCGGCGACCGUCUCUGGGACCAACGCGGCGGCCGCGGCGGCGUCUGGACCGCACGUCAGGAGAUCUGGCUGCCGUGGGGAGAAGUCGACGGUGUUUGUGGCACCGUUGCGAAACUCAAUGAGAUAUUUAGUGACGGGAAAGGCGUGUGGUUGCAUGAGAAGGAAGAGGGGGGUGGGGUGGGGGAAAGAGUAAAGCAGGAGGAGGAGUUGAAGAAGAAGAUUGAGGAGAUGAAGGAGAAGGAAGAAGAAAAGAAGAAGAAAGUCGAAGAAGAAGAGAAGAAGAAGAAAGUAGAAGAAGAAGAAGAAGAUAAGAAGAAAGAAGAGCAGAGGAAGAAGCAGGCGGAAGAAAAUCGGAAGCAGAAUGAGGAGCUUGAACGGACAAGGAAGAAGAUUACUAGUGAGAAGCAGGCAGGGAGCUGAGUUGUGUUGUGAUAGGAGUGUACUUCUUGUCGAUAUUUAUGCUCGGCCAGCUUUCUUAUAUUUCCCUCUUUUUCUCUCUCUUAAAUACAUAGCAUUCCCCCAGGCGCGGAAGCCGGGUAUGCAUCGCAGGUAGGCAGGCAUCUAGAAUUUUUGCUUGGGACUUCUUCCUGUGGGGAUAUUGGCGGGGAGUUUGGCGUAUCUCUCCUGGCGUCUAGCCAUUAGCUGCUUUCUAGCUCCUGGCCUCCUUAGAAGUGGUUAUGGUGUUUCGGAUUUGGGAAUGUGUGCGUAUCCAAUAUAUCUAAGAUAUCUGCAUGUUAGAUUUACGUAGCGUCUGAUACACAUACACUAUGAGC